AUGGACGACAGCUCGGACAAGUGGGACGUUAUAUCCUACCAAUCUAUUUUCAAAGUAGCAAAAUCGGACAUAAACAAGGGAUUGUCUCAGAUAGUAGCAAAUGUCAAGGAGUUUGCGAAGCCGCUGGCGAUCCCGCGCUUCCAGGCUUCAAUAUCAGUUCCAAAACUAGCCGAUUUCAUGACGACGUUCGCACCACGCCUCGUAUGCAGCGCUGAGCUGGUUAAUGACAUAGCCCAAUCACUUGACAUACACCAGAAGCUGAUAGUUCAAGCUCUGUCCCGAGAUGUUGACGAGGCAAUGAUCGACAAGCGCAUCCACUCUAGUUCUAUUUUACAGGUGAUGUGCCACGCUUUAUCGUUUAUAAAUACCCAAAUAAUGUACCAGAUCAAGAUAAUAAAGCUUUUAAUGGAGAGUUUGGGUAAAUCUAGGGACGAGAGCUCUACAACGCAUAUGGUGGUGAUUCAAGGUGCAAGUUUACUAGCAAAAGAGGGAUUAAUUGAGAACAUAUUAAUGUGCAUAUCUUCUCUGGAUGCACUGGGGUUCAAAUACCAGAACAGUACACUUUCCGACUCGUUAACUUUGCCAAACGUGGGCAGGAAGGAGAUGGCAGCGAUUCACUCGGAACUACUGAAGAUGCUACUAGAGAUUUUAUACCUCUAUUUUUUCCAUUUCAACCCGACACAAGUUCAGAUAGACAUGCUAUCUUGUUUAAUACCACAUUGUUACUCCACUUCAUCUGCAGUGGCAUUUUUUUCGCGAGUACAGGGUGUGAGGGAUGAAAUAUCCGACCCUAAUCUAUGUUUUUACCAGCCUACGGCAUCUUUUGAGAAAUCAGGGCGGGAUUUUUUCACGUUUUACGUGAUUUUUGUUCUAUCGGUCGCUGCAAAUCCCCACCUAAAACGAUGGGAUGUGGCAAAAGCACAGAGCGUAGGUGAUAAUGUUUCUGGACUAGAGAAGAUUACAUUCGAUAAACAAAUUCAAGGAGGGUGGAAGAAAUCAGCAUCUGGCGAUUUGGCAGAAAUGAUUUUUGAUGGGCUUUACCGCAACGACUUCCAAGUUGUUCUAAGGGGCGUGGAAAACAACGUGCUGUUCACCAUCUCACAAAAUUGGCUGGCAAACUUCCAGAUUUAUAAUGUUGAUUUCAUAUCGUUCCUGUUUGAAGGGUUCAUAAAACAAUUUGGCGAGGCACUCAUCAAGCACCAAAUCAGAGAAACCAGAAGAUUUGUUAUAUUGACCAGCGUUAGGAACUCUAACACCACUUUCCAGCAGCAGGCACAAAUACCUGGGAAAUUGGUACUGCGGCUCAUCACCUUCCUAAACGGACUUGUUAAAUUACAUCCCAAGUCCUCGUUCGAAUUCGUCUCCUACUGGGAGAGGUGUUGCUCUGUUAUGUCCGAUCUAGUGGCAGAUAUUGAAUACCUUUCCCCCGUGCCCGAGUGGUUUUCGCAAAAGUCUGAGGUCAAUUGGGAAGAUCCACUAUUGCAACCUUCAGCAGAUUUUUCCUGGCACGAUCAUAAGAGGUCCCUAGUAUACCUAGCGCAAGUUGCAGGAAAUAUGAUAAACGUCUGCGUAGAGACAUUCGACCCAUUGUUUGUAGAACUUCUUGACUUUGGCGCAACUCUGAUCUCCUCAGAUCACACUAGCAAGAUCUGUAGCCGAAUUUGCAACUUUCUUAUGAUUGGAGGCGGGAAGAUAGAAUUUCCCGCCUUGUUACAAAAAUUGGUACUGCAAGUCGCAGGAAAAAGAGCCGGCCUAUACCAUCGGCUAGCGGGACAGGUAUAUGCAUGCAUAGUAUCGCGCGAUGCACAAAUAGAAACCUGCAACGUGGCCGUACUUCUGAAUAAAUCUCCCCAAAAACAACUAGCCGGGGGAUAUACAUUCGACUCCAUUUCAUCCGUUGAAGCGACCAGAACAGCCCUCUUCGCCAUAGGCCUGGGCGGUUCCUGCCCCCUUGGAGUGGACCAAGCGCUAGCAGCAGCUCUGAGGCUUGUAGCGGCGGCCAACUCUCUCUACCUAAAGCCCUACUCGCCGCCCCUGGACGUAACACUUUACACCUCAAGCGCAGACGUGCUGCAGGUGCCCAUAGCACUAAUGACCACCAGCAGUGAGGCCGGGGGAAAGAAGAGCCUCUCAACAUUUCCAAAGGACUUGCCGUCUCAGAUCGUCAUUGGACGUGCCUGCUCACUCUUCAUGACCAAAUUGGCGGCCACGCACGAGCAGGCCGUGGGCAUAUUGGCAAAAUUGGAGGAGUGCUUUCCCGACGAGGCGCAUAUAGAUACGCUGGCCAAGGGAGAUAUCGGAGGUUCAGAUAAAGCAAUUAAACAAUUAUACUCACAAUCAUUGCGUCCCUGUGAGCUGGAUGCGGUGAUUGCCUUGGAAUCACAAGUACAAACCCCCUUCCCCCCCCUCUUCCAAUUUACAAUCCUUAUGGCCAGCAUCGUAUCAUUACUUCACUUUAUUGGCUUCAAGAGAUUCCGCCUGGCCGAGAUGGACCGGCUUGUCGAUAAGGUACUGAGAUUGGCCGCAGUUUGCCCGGAUACGGACUGGACUCUGAUGGUAUACAUAAUGGAAUUUUUCAAGCUAGUGCUGAGGGGGCCUCUGGAGCACGAAGAGGAGGGCCAUGAUUCGCAGGGCGGACCUAGCACCAGUGGCGGGGCAAAGACUGCCGCCUUCAAGAUACUGCGCGAGUUUUUAUCAGUCAAGUCUAGGGUGGGAUUUUUGACUAGGGUCUUAGGGGCCGCCAAGCGUGACAUUGAGGCGCGUAGAGAGCAGACAUUUAUCGCAUUUGGGCAUAAAUCGCAGAAUAAAGAGAACUCUGGACUUCCAGAAAUAUCCGAAUGGGCUGCAAUCCUCGCGUGCCAGACGCUCAGGCUUUUGUUUAGGCGCGAUACGGUUUACCAGAAAAUCACAGGCAGUAGCGCCCUAGUACACCAGCACCUCUCAACAACAGACUGCGAAAACUUGCUGGCCUUCGCCCGCCCUGAGGUUUCACCGGCCCUGCAAAAGCUUUCCCUGGGCCUCCUAUCGCAGAUAUCACAGAGGGACUUUUUGCUCCUCGACCUAUGCCCCCUAGAGGAUUCCGUGGCAAACCAUUUGAGGAAUUUGAUAUUAGACUUUUCCACAGUUGAACGAAGUUACAAAGUGAACCUGGACGAAUUUGUCUGUGACCCACUGUCCAACCUCUUCUGGAUACAACAUGACUCCCAUACUUUUGCAGAGAUGAUGUCUGGCGUUAUGUCCCGAAAAACAUUCCUUCCCAUUCCCCUACCCAUUUACAUUGAGUGGCAAAAGUCGGAGGACAACCUCCUCGAGAUAAGAGAUGCCAAACACUUCGUCCGUAACGUAGACUACGCCCUAUCAGAGAAAAUAUGCCCCACCAACAACCUCUCGCUCUUCCAUGCCAACUCCUGGACCCACUCGUUGAGGGCCCUAAACCUGGCCACGGGCAGCCCCGACUCGGUGGUAACGAUUGGAGAUUCGGCACGAAGCAUACUGCUCGCGGCUCUUCACCAGGACUACACAAACAGGCUAGAGUUUGCACUCAAAGUGAUACACUCUGACGAUGGCUCCAUUGACGAGCCGCAUACCACAGCUGGAGUGGGGGCCGCCUUCCAGGAUGCGCUGGCCUCACCAAAGGACUCGUUCCUCUUCCGCCUAGUGGUAAAGUGCAGGGACGCAGGAGAAUCUGCCGGCGGGAGCCUGGCACGGAUGCUAUUGCUGGAAAUUUUGCAAGUACUGACGGUGACUAAAAAAACCAGCGAGAGCGUUCUAGGCAUCAUUGGCCGCGUAUGGCCCGACAUUUACGGGGACCUGGGGACAGAGACGCGGGGAUCUGGGGACGAUAUGGGCUCGGCACAAGCCCUAAUUCAACGAGGACUGCUGCUACAAAUCGUGGCCAGCGAGGCCGCCUUUUUCUCGAGUUUUUUCCACUCUGGAGCUGAAACUGGGGACACCCCACACGUAGACUGCUGUCCAGAGGCCAUGCGCCAAUCUGACCUUGAAGUAAUGCGCCGGGAACGCGAAAAGCUUCAAAAACGCGCUCGCGCGCUCUCUGUUAGACAGGAGGAAAUCCUACGUUUGCUUGCAGGCGAAGCACAGGGCAGCAAUGAGGGCGCCCGGCAACAUCUGCAGGCCGAGAUGGAACGCAUAGGCAUAGAACACAUCGAAAUUGGCAAAAGGACCGCUCAAAUGCACCAAAUGGAGGGAGAGCUUGAACAGAGGCUGGCCCAGACCAUUAGACGCGAGAGCUGCCUGCAGGCACGCAUAGGCCAGGUCCUCUCAAACGCCCACGCCCUGCUGGACGGGCCUCAGUCGCUGGUUAUCCACUAUGCCUCGAUAGCCGACCUGAAAGAGUCCUCCCUGGUUGGGGCCAGAGGCAUAGUGGACAACCAGCGACUGAGGCCCAACGCCAGAGGCGCGCUAAAGUCCCCCAAACUCUCCCUAACACUUUCCCUGCGUACCAUGAACAAAAUACGCAACAUUGCCAACGCACAGAUCGGUAUAGAUUUUACUGACGGCAAGAGCGCUAGGGACGUUGGGGAUGCUUCCGCCGUCUUUUCCGCCUUUGCCCGCCGCUUCCUGUUGACCCGACUCCACGUAGCCAUAGAUGCCCUGCUGGGCCUGCUAGCCACCGUCCUAGCCUCCGAGGGCGGGCCAGUCAGGUCCCUCAGUGCGGCGAUCCGCCCCUACCGCGGGGAGCUUGCCGCCAACUUCUCCGCCAUAUGUAGCAAGGCGCUGGGCGUCUUAGUCUCCAACAUGCGACCCUCAAAUUCGCUCUUCCUGGCUGCCCUCGCUAAAACGAUUUCAGCGCGACUGCCUGCAGAUAAAAUUUCGGAGCGGGAAGCCCCCGGGGGGGGUCUGUCGGAGAGGGGCUCCAGGGUGGGCUACGCCCUAGCGUUGAUCUCUGCCCUGGAGACCUACGACCUGGACUGGCUCGCCCGCUCUAUCCUCUAUGGCACUAUAAAAAACCUCACCCAGGCCCUGCGUCCGGGCCGUGGGGGCGGAAAGUUGGAACCGCAGGGAACCUGCCUCGGAAACUACCUCCAGGCGCCAAAAUUCCUGACCCGGUUGCUAAAGGAAGCUGUUUCUUGCAGCUCUAGCACUGCUGGCGAGUUGCCAUAUUCUCUCAGGACUGUGAGCGAGUGCUAUACGUUAGACUGUGAUGCCGCGGCGGUCGCCAUGACAUCUGCUUGUCAGGAGCACCUUAUUCUCCACGUGGAGGCCCUAAACCUGGCAGCCUCUGUUCUUGCUGGGGUCACCAGGGUCGCCUACUCUGAGGGGUGUAUUGAUCUGGGGCCGGGGCUUGGGCGUAUUCCUGGGCAGCUACUGCUUCAGUUGGUGCAGAAGCGUUUAAUCGUCCCAUCAGUCAUUAGUCGUUUUGAGAUAGAAUGUGCCAUGGCCUCUUUGGACGCUUUGACGUCUCUUGCACGUUUUUUGGUGCCCCUUUGGUAUGAUGAGUCCCUAGGCAUCGCCGAGGGCGACGGCCCCGAGGAGGGCGAGCUGGCCCCCGGCUCAGGCGCUUCACGCUCCCUAUUGGCUACGAUCCUCGAUUCGCCCUUUUUACGCGAGUCCAGGUUUGUGUGCUCCUUUGCCACGCUCUUCCAGGCCCUGCUGUCUAGGUUGGAGUUAUCGGCGGAGAGCGACGAGUACGACAGGUUGGCCAUGGGUAUAAUGGCAUGGAUGAGCAGGGAGUUUUCUAUGAUAAAGAGCUAUUUUGAGCCCUCUUGUGACCACCCAACCUCAUGGAUUUUGCUAAGGAUUUACAUUUACUGUACAUUUUGGGCUCUCAAUAAGUAUGGAAAUUGGGAAGACUACAAACGUACUAUUUCUAGGUUUUCGGAGACGAUUUCUGUCGGUCCGUCGGCCGCGUCUGUUACCCCAAAGAUUGCAUUGAUUAACUUUUCUCUGAUUUGGUCGGAUUUGGUCUGCAAGUUUCCACCGGCUAGCAUUAUUCCCUCAUUUGCCGCCUCGAAAUGUUUGGAAAUUGCGGUACAGCUUGCAGGCCUGGAAGGCGUGGAUGUGGAUUCACCUCCCGAUGUAUCUUUUUUCUCCAAGAUGCUCCUUGGGCUGGAGUCUAUUGCCCUGGAGCUUGGUGCCUACGAGUCUGACCUGGACCCACUGGGCGAUCAUGCCACCAGAAUGAAGGGCCUGGACCGCUUGGAUACCAUCUAUCAGGUCUUCUUAGCGUCAUCCACAACGCUUUUAAACCAUUACUUGUUGUCUGAUGUGCAUAAGGAUUCGAGCGAUGGUUGGAGUCUUAGCAGUGAAAAAAGUUUGGUCGUGUUGCUACAAGUGGUAGAUUUUUCCAUAUUGUUGUUGCAAUAUGCAUGUGCAUGCACAGACAGUAAGCAGUUUGCCGAAAACGUCCGGCAGCAGUUGCAGCUUUUUAUCGUUGGUCUGGAAAACGUGGGCGUUUACCGCCCCGUGGCCUUAUUGCAGGCGACGCACUACACUUACCUGGCUCCUACACACUUAGAACAGCCUUCACACGGAAAGCAGGUGGUUAAGAUGGAGGAUGUGACAUCGCAAUUGAUAAAAAUUGGAAAUGUUGCUCAGGAGCUUUAUGCAGUGUUAAUGCCGGCCUAG